AUGGAUGAAUAUCGUCAAAAUUAUACCACUAAUGCUGCCACUGCUGCAGCUACGGCGACAACAAAUUACUGGGCAUAUCAAACACAAACACAAACACCAACAACACAACAAACAGCCAAUCAAUACAAUCAACAAUCAAUACACCUUCCACAAAGCAUAUGGUCAACAUAUGAUUGUUAUCCAACGAUAACAACAAGCACCCAACCGAUCCAGUUUACUGCACAUGAACUUAUGGCUGCUACAUUACCUUUACAAAAUUUCAGUUUGGAUCAGACAGAAUCGCUUUCUUUACAACAAGAAAGACAAUCGGAUUCCGAGGACACUGGGAUUUCUGAUCUUACAUCCACGGCUUACAAAACAUGGUCUAGGUCAUUAGAACAUAAAUCGAACAGUUGGAAAGAUUUCGAGCAAUUUCACAAUCAUACACCAUCUAUCGAGUCGUUUUUUAAUAUUAGAGGUACUUCAUAUCCUAAUAAUAAUAACAAUAAUAAUAAUAAUCAUGAUAACCUCUCAUUUAUACCACCAAUCAAUACUGACGAUGAAAUCCAUGCUAAUUUCUUCAGCAAAGAGGCAACUUAUGAAAAUUCCGAUGAUUUCGCCUAUGAUAUUGACAAUGAAUCAUUUUCAAAUUGUUCCACGACUUCAUAUAACAGUAGCAGUACCUUCAAAAAGAAAACAACACGAUCCCUGUCUUCAUCAAGAUCAAAGAAGUUGGUGUAUCGAUCGAAUCGAAUAAAAAUUAUGCAUAUACGAAAAAAUGGACGAUUUAAAGGUCAAAGUUUGCAUGCUUUUCAAAGGCAGGCGGCGAAUAUGCGUGAACGUAGACGAAUGCAGUCGAUUAAUAAAGCAUUUGAAGGUUUAAGAUCGCAUAUACCAACUCUACCGUACGAGAAACGUCUAUCUAAAGUUGAUACACUUAGACUGGCAAUAGGCUAUAUCCAUUUCUUACAAGAAAUUGUUCAAGCUCACACAAAAGAUGAAAUGAAUUGGAAAGAUAUGGUAACAAAUUCUGAGAUGAAUUCAAACAGCAACUCCUGUGGUGGUGGUGGUGAUGAUGAAGAUCUUUCUGCUGCUGGUGGAGGAGGUGGCGGGGGUGGUGGUGGAGUUAUCAAUGGGAGCAGUGAUCAAAAUUCUGCUACAGACAAAAGAAAUUAUACAAAUUCAUCCUCUGUAACAAAAGACUCCUCCUCAGCUACUAAAUACUUGAAACAGAAUCGAAUAUCAUCAUCACAUGGUACCUUUACAAUGAAUAAAUUCGCUACAAAUUACAAUUUGGAUGAAGAGAGGAAAAUUCCUAAAGAAAGAAAGAUUAUUUUGAAUUUACCUAAAAAAUUAUUCGAAUUGAUGAUAACCAGAAAAAAUGAAGAACUUCACAAUAGUACAAAAUAUUUACAAGAAUCAUCGAACAGCUCAACAGUUUGGAGUGAAGCAUACCACCAUUCAAACGAUCAUAUUCUUUUCGGCCAUAGUUUGAGUUGGCAUCGUGAUACUCCACCAUGGAGUCGAAAUACGACAUCACAUUCAACGAACACUUUAAUCGCUAAAGUAUGGAUACCAGAAAGACUCGACUGUAUAAAAGCCAAUUGA